AUGAGACUUUCCUUUCCUGUAUUUACAUUACGAGUGAAAGAUGGAUUCGUCAUUGCAGGAGGUGGUGGUGGAGAAAAAGAGUUUGGAAAGAGCAACGGAGUCAAGGUUCUAGAAGGGAAGGACCUUAAGGAGGUGUGCUAUUAUUCCACAGAGGAUAUCAUUGUAAAUGUGGCUGUUUGCAGCACCUCGGACGAAUUUCACCAAGUAGAUGAAGACGACAUGUCAUGGGAUGAGUACGACGAGGAGGCAAGCGUUGUUUCGCCUACCAAGAGCCAGGAGAACCCAAAGGAUACUCAGAAUGAAUCUUCCAGCCUAGAUGAAACUGGAUGCAAUGCCUCAGGUAUUUGCAGUAGAGAUGCUGAUAAUGACCUUAAAGGCGAGGAAAAGAGGCCAGAGCUGUAUCUCACUGCCUGUGGAGAAGAGUUCUUUUAUCUUCUUAGAUUUAAUGGAUCUGGCAUAACACUUGUUAAGAAAAUGAAAAAAAAGGUGUCCUCACAAAUCUUUGUUAAGGAUUUGUAUGUGAUCAGCGAUAAAAAGCUAUAUGGCUUCUACGAUGUAAUCAACACGCCAGACUCAUUAGACGACUUAUUGAAGCCAGAAAGAAAAAGAAAGAAGGCAAAUGGAUCCUUGCUCAGUGAUGAAUCACACGAAGAAUAUAUAUACAGGCCUUUCAGAAAAGAUGGGAGGAUUGUCUUGAAAAGAGAAGAAGGAAAAUCAGACAUAGUCAGUAACUGGGAGGGUUUUUUUAUAACUGCUGGAUUGGCUCAUAAGAUUGUGCACGAGGACGAGAGAUACAAUUUUGUAUAUAACUCAAAAAAGUAUUCUUAUGAAAAGAAGAUCGGAGGAAUAGAUUAUGUUAACGGGAUGCUUGUUUACUAUCUGAAAGGGAAAGAUUCCAGCCUGUAUUUCCAGGGAGACCAUGAGAAGGUUUAUAACAUUCCAAAGAUCACCACAAUGUCAUGUGAGGGCCAGCGAACUGCUGUUGGAACAGCCGAUGGCUAUAUCUACGUGUUUGAUAAAUGUGUCUUAAGUAAGAAAAGGAAAGUGUAUGAUGUACCAAUAACAGGAGUGGGCUUUAUGAAUGAGCAGGUUUGUUUUUCCUCGUUGGAUGGCUAUGUUGGGGCAGAAAAGGUAACUGGAGGGUAUAAUAUGUUUGUUAUCAUACUCUCUAUCGCCAUCUUCAUCUUGGCAAUAGCGAUAGGUACUAUCUCAAAGACUGCUGGGUAUCCUCUGAAUAAAUAA